AUGGGCGGUGCUCUCGAGGCCUCUUCUGCUCCUGGCAAAAGAAUGUCGAAUGGGUUCAAUCGCUACAGCGAGUUCGCCAAGACCUGGAUGACAGACAAGUAUAAUGUCCUGGGCAGAGGCAUAGCUCCAGAUGGUGUCGAUAAGACCAUGGCCGAUUGGAAUGAGUGCGUCUGGCGCUCCAAGGACGUCUGCAGUAGUCAAACCGUCGCUUGGAAUCGAGCCCAGCCAAAGUAACUCUAUAUCCAGUUCGGUGGCAGCACUCGGACCACUUCAGCUCCUCCGUAUACACCAGCUGACGUUCGUACUACUCCGUCAUCGACACACUGGAAUUGGCGCUACGAUUCCCGCUCCUGGUACUCGCGCUUCCACCCCUACUGCUGGCCGCCCCUUUGCUCAGCCGUCGCCGCCUCGUGUCGCUAACUCCAACUUCCACCGACACAUAGUGCAGAAGAUGCUCGAAGCAAAUUGCGCCUGGAGCAAGUAGGGCAUGAAGGCUUGGAUCAACACUCACACUAACGUUUCGCGGAGAACAUUAUGAACGAGAAAGCCGGCACCAACUUCAAUGCCGAUCAGGAGAUUGCUAAACUUCCUUAGCAAUUUGCGAAUGCUGUCGCCAAUACCAACGCCAAGUCCACCGCUGCUUAGCGGGAGGAACAGCUCGAAGCUGGAGUUGCUCGUCUUGGCUUAGAGGACUCUUCCCUCGCAAACGAGCGCGUCACCGAAGUAAAUGAACAGCAAGAAGCUGAGAUCGCUCGUCUUCGCCAGGACGACAGCACCAUCAGCAAGCAGUUCCAGGAGAUUACCAAGAAGCAGCAGCAGGAGGUCGACAAUGCUAACGCUCGCUACGCCGCUAUCACAGCCCAGCAUGAGUCUGCCAGCAUUUCCAAUCUCGAACUCCCAGGAACUCAGCGCCAGCUUGACCAAUCCAAGUCCAACCACCUCGUCUUUCAGCAAGAGAUAUCCAAUCUCAAAUCCCAGGUCCAUGCCAUGGAGAAGGAAUACAACAAGCUCCAAGUCUGGGCGCAGGGCUCUCAUACGAAGAACCUCGAAAUGGAGCAGGAGAUUGAAGAACUCAAGGCCCGGCAGGUCAGCGUCAGCCCUAUGAACAACAUCUCCAGCAGCGGUUUUACUUCGACCUUCCCUGGAUACAUUCGCCAACCCACCAUCGACUCGCCAUCCUCUCCUUACCCGAGCAUCGUUGAACCUGAGCCGCCAAAGGCCGCUUCUAAAGCAGCACCAGCAGUCAAACCUCUUCUGUACCGUACCCGCAUAUUCCUUAUCCGCUGCUGGUGUUGUUACUGCUGCUUAUUGCUAUAA